AUGAAGAUCAACGCAGCACUUGCAUUCCUCCCUCUGGCUUUGGCAGCUCCAGCUCAGCUUCAGAAGCGCCUUCCCAACCACACUCCAGUUGAUGUGGAAGGAUUAGACUCGGACUUCACAGUCAACUGCGGCAAAACCAAGGUUGACGGCGCAGACAUCCACAAAGCUGUAUCCUGGGGAGUGAACCUGGAAGUUGCCGGCGAUCAGCUUGGAAGCGGAAACUACCCCCACUACUAUGGUAACAACGGAGGAACUCGAUUCAAGUUUCUUGACCCCGCUUGCGACCAGAACCCUCAAAACAAGCGGAAAGAGUUCCCCGUCGUAAAGGGCGGGUACUUUGAGGGCGAGAACGACACUGCCUAUAAAUUCAGGGCAAUUUAUCUUUUCGACACUGCAGACCCGUGGACCCAGAACCCUAAGGCUAUCUACUGUGGGACCAUCUAUCAUGGAAAGAAUGACUUUGAGGGUUGCGAUGUUGGAAAGCAAUAG